AUGAACACCAACGAUACUACCAUCACACUCAACCUCUACGCCCGCAACAUCACUGAAUGGAAGCUAUUUGUUGUUGAACAGAUGAUGUGUUCCCGUUUCUGGCCCAAGGAUAUGAAAUUGCUUAGACCUUCUUUGGGAACUGAAGAGAUGUGGUUACGACGUGCAAUUGCGCCAGAGACCUAUCCCGUUACGGGAAAAAUGGUAGAGAUUAUCUCGAAAAAUGGCGUCUUGUCCCUAGGCAAUUUCAAGAAAUUGGAUGGACGGGGUUUGGCAGGUAGUUAUGUUGGUGUAAUGUGGGAGAGGUGGAGAGAAUACAUCUGCAGCGGGGGCUCCGUGUUAACAUCUAUCUACCAAAAACCAGAGGAAAGCUCAAGUACACAGAGUACCAAAGAUCCAUUAGGAUGGUAUGAAACGCUGAAAAUGCUAUGGAAGGGAAAUGGAAUUGUGCCUAGAUGGGAUGGAGAAACGUGUCGAAGGGAGAAUGGUGAAAGGGAGUUUAUGGCUACAAUGAGGGAUCCGCCAUUUGUGCUGCAGGCCCCGAAGAAAUUGGACGGGUGGGAGAAAACGCGGUUGGAUGAGGGCUCUUGGAGAUGGGUGGUGGGGGUAGGGACUGAGGUUGUGGGAUGGGCUUGGGGGGGUGUAAGGAGUUAUCUAACUGCUGGUGAUGGUGAUGAGGUUGGAGGGCUUUUGGAGCGGAGGGGAUCUACUUGGAUGGGACGAGAAAGGGGGUUUCGUGCUGGGGAUUGA